AUGGUAACUAGCAGCAGCAGCAGAGGGUUGGACCGGGAGGCAUGCUUACAGCUGAUAAGAUCGUCCAGGACAGUGGCUAUGGUGGAGGAGGCUCACUCCAAAGCUCGGCAUUUACUACCGUUGGACGUGUUCGUCUCCAACAUGCUCGUCCAGAGAUAUGGGAGGUGUGGCAGCGUCGAGCAUGCUCGCAGGGUCUUCGACUCCAUCCCGGAGAAGAACUUCUUCUCGUGGGUUUCGCUGCUCGGUGCGUAUGCCGCGAACGGUCUCCUGGACGAGGCCGCCAGCGUCUUCAACGGGAUGCCCGAGUGGAACUCGGUGGCUUGCACGGCGAUGCUGGUCGGAUAUGCCCAGAACGGGCAGCUGGAGAAGGCACGGGGAGUGUUUUGGAGCAUGAAGCAGCGCGACUUGGCGUCGUGGAACGCAUUCCUGGCCGUGCUUGUCAACGAAAGAGAGGAUCACAGGCUGCUAGAGGCACGGAAGCUCUUCGAGACAAUGCCAGCGCGGGACGUAGUUACUUGGACCACCUUGCUUGGAGCGUAUGCCCAGAGGAACCAUCUGUUCAACACCAAGGAGCUGUUUGAUUCGAUGCCGGCGAGGGACCUCAUCUCAUGCACGGCAAUGCUGGCGGCAUACGAGGAUAGUGGCGAUCUCCGAAACGCGAGCUUCGUGUUUAAGUCGAUGGAGGAAAGAGACAUCAUAUCCUGCUCGGCUCUCCUUGCGGUCUAUGCCCAGGGGGGGCAUCUCGAACAAGCUCUCAAGCACUACCACUCCAUGCCUGAGCUCAACGUGAUCUCCUGUACCACGAUGAUCACCGUCUACUCGAAGAACCGGCUCGUCAACCAGGCCCAGCAGCUGUUCGACUCCAUGCCCGAGCACAACCUGGUGUCGCGGACGUCGAUGCUGUGCGUCUUCACUCUCAACGACCGCCUGGAGGAAGCCAAGCAUGAGUUUGACAAGAUGCCGGAGUGGAACUCGGUGGCGAUCACAGCGCUCAUCUCCCUCUACGCCCGAAGCGGAUACAGUCUCAGCUUUCUAGAGUCGUCUGGAGUGGCUCUAGACACCAUGGCCAGCACUGCUCUCUUGAUUGGGUAUGCCCAGGACGGUCAUCUAGAAGCGGCAAAGUCGGUAUUUGAUUCCAUCCCGGCCUGUGACGCGGUCGUGAGGACGUCCAUGCUGAGCUCGUACGCACUGCUGGGGAACGUCCGAGGUGGAGAGCGGGUCUUCCUUUCAGCACCCGAGCAGGACGACUUCGUGCUCUGGAACGCGAUGCUGGCUGCGUACGCCCAGAAUGGUCACUCCACCCAAGCUCUCGAGCUCUUCUUCACGAUGGUGUCGCUGGGUCUCCAGGUUCCGCCGGAUGGAGCAUCGUUUCUCAGCAUCCUGCUCGCGUGUAGUCACCUUGGGAGAGUCCAAACAGGCUGGUCUUGCUUCGUCUCCAUGGCUAUGGACUACGAACUGGAGCCGCUCAAGCAGCACUACAACUGCUUCGUCGAUCUGCUGUGCCGGACCGGAUUUCUGGCCGAGGCCCGAGAGUUGAUCCAAAUCAUGCCGUUUGAUGCCGAUGGAGUCGAGUGGAGGAGCUACCUCAGAAGCUCGGUGGAGGCCGGCAACACGGUGGUCGAGAACUUGGACGUGUGCAAGCCGGAUUCUCCAGGCGCUUACGUGCUGCUGGCAAAUUUGCAUAAGAAUCGUCAGGGAGGAAUGGCAUUUGCAUGGAAGAAAGGCCACAGUAGGGUUUGCUUCGCGUGUGUGCUCCGGGCGACGAAUUCCGCCCGCCCAGAGGGAAUUUCACUGGAUUCGCAGCAGUGCGCACUAGAAUCGGUGCGUGUGGAUUGCCGGAGCUGGAUUCGGGCCCCCGGGAGCGCCGGUCAGCGAUUGCAUUGCGCAUUUGAGGUCAGUGCUGCUCGGGCGCUUAGGGUUUAUAGCAGCACCGUGAGAUCUGGGAGAGAGCAGAUUGUUGCGCGAUAA